AUGUGCUUCAGGCCCUGCCACGUUUUGCGUGCCACCCAAAAAAGGUUACUGGGAACCAUCAAUGCUGCCCAAGCUCGUUCCAUGAAAUCAUCCACCUUUUCCUUAGUGAACAGAAAGCCAACAAAGGCUGCGACUCCAGGGUUACAGAAAGGUGAACUGAAUUUAGAUACGCCUUUUCGCGGUGUAUCCUUGUCACCCUCCGCAAAGCAUGAGCAUGUACACAUAGAAAAAGAAAUCACUGGUGUUUCUUCUUAUGAAGACGUUCAGAAAACAUCAAAACGAUCGGAGCGGAUGACAUCAAAAAACGGGUUGUCCUCAUCGCAAAAGUUAGACUCUUCUAAAGAUAGGGAUCAGGUUCAGUUGGAAUCUCAAUCUUUUAGCCUGGAUUCAGAUGGAACAGCAGGAGAUACUAACAUAAAGCUUGUGGAAGGUAAGCGUUCCAUGAGAUCUUUACUUCUUCUCGUAUUGGAAUGUGCGGCAGGCACUCUUGGUCGUUCUAAUUGCAAUUAUGCUGCUGGGCGUAAUGUCAAAGCAACUGUCGAAUCUUCCUCUCGUUAUUGGGAAGUUACCACCUUGGAUUUACUGUCUGAGAACAAGCCUAACAUAGCUUUAAACUUGACAUACACCGAGGUCUCAGGUAUUCAGUCAGAGCUCAUACCAUCACUAAGGGAGGCUGUUGAUCUUUUUUCGCGCAUGUUUGCGGCCACAUUGCAGAGUGCGCGACCGCGUUCUAUGCUGAGGUACUGUGCGAUGUCGCGCAUUGCGUGCUCAGCAUCGCCAUCAUCCUGUAGCAAUGAUUUGUCUUCCGUUUUUUCCAUCUUCUCCGCUGGGAAUACUUGGUCGCAGUCGGCGGAGGCCCUAAAAGUCAGUGAGGUGCAGAUCCUUGAAGAGUCACUACGCCAUAUCGCCACACGCUCUUAUCACGUGCUUCAGUCUGAUGUUAGCCAGCGAGCUACUUUCGUACGACAGUUAGUGGACUCAAUAGAUGCGGCGGUGAUCCCUAUGGGCAUACCAGGAACCCAAAUGAAUUUUGUAAGAGAUAGGUCUGGAGAAAAUCAUCAACGUCCGGGCAAGAAUAGAGCUGACAUGAAUAAUGACCAACGCACCAUUUCGAAGUUAUGCGCUCAAGAAAGCCUGUCUGACAUCCUUGAAAUGCUAGCGCUGAAGCUCCAUUUGGCAUAUGUUCUUUUAGGAGAGCAUCACUACGCUUUGUCAGGAUUAAGUACUGAUUCGGAGCCCAGCAGGCAGGAGAGACGAUGGAGGGUUGACGUUGGCCGUGACCUACUUCGUGUCGUUUCGAGCGAUGACAGGAUUUACGAGUUUUGCACUCUUGCGCCUGUUAAGAAGGGGCAAAUCGAUUUGAUCCGGCACAAAAAAAUAAAAGGUUUCGGAGCAUUACUAAGCUAUGCGAUUCAAAUAAAGACCGCCGAUGCCAAGCAAACCAUGCGCAUAUCGCAUCAAAGAGAGUUGAUGAAUAAACGAACCGCUUUGCAUCAUGUGUUGUCACUAUACCUUAGCAUGCUCCCUGACAUUGUCGCUGCCCGAUGCGGUAGCAUGGGGGCUCAGUGCCCAGGCAAAGCUGGAAUCUAUGCGACCAAUGUGGCGGGAGUUCUGGAACCGGGCAUUGACGAUGCUUCCAAUAGUAUCCAUGAGCACUAUGGUGGGUGCAAGGAAGUCGUUGGACACGGACAGCCUGAAGGCGAGGAGUUGAGGGUUUUGUCCAGUCUCAGUGAAGUCUGGUUUACGCACCAGCAUGCCUUACGCAUCGAAGGUGCUGCUGCUGCUAUCGAUUGGCUUCGUUUGGUUCCAGUUUUGAUGACCAGCAUGGCAAACAUUGUAGAGCGCAGUUUGGAAUUGGCGAGUUUGUCACCCAUUCUUAUGAAUCCCUCUGAGAAUCGUGAGGAGGAGCUCAAUCGGCUGAUGGAUGUGUCCCAAAAACUUUCGUUACUUUUAAACAACAUGCUUUUCUAUGACUCUUCUGCCUUUGAUGCAACACGGCAGUUUACCCCUUCUAAUACAGUGGUAGAAUCUGGCAACAAUCACUGUUCCGAGAGUGCUACAGAGGACAUGGAUGACGAUCCCGUGCAGCGUUUCCGCCGAAAACGUUCGAUCUUUAACAAGGGUAGACCAUCGGAUGGUGGUGUGCUGCGGGAGGUGGGCGGAGUCGCGGCGUCAGUACCCCCUUCCACAGAUCGGUUUAGCAAGGGUGGCCAUUCCCGUUUUACCGUUCGAGAUCCCUCAAGAUUGGGGGGUCAAGCAAUUGAGGGAGUUACCCACACCUACAGCCAUGCGGGCCGUGUGGAAGAAGGAUCCAGCGCACUUUUUCGUAUUCUUGUCCUCUCACAAGACGCCGUACAGACGCUUGUUACUGCCUUUCCAUUCAUGAACAGCCAUGGGCAGAUAAAUCUCAGCGAAAUAUGGAUUGACAUAAUUCACGCUAUGGGGCGUCUUCAGCAGCUUCUUUAUGGCAAUCCACCGUCAUUACAAACACAUUUGGUAUCAACACAAUCAAACUGGGAUUCAAAGCCCAGUAAAGGCAUUCAGAGCCUUACAAGGGGUGACAACGUGAAGUUCCUCUCAGAUAAGAAGGAUGGCAAGGAGCGCAUCACGGAUCUGGAUGCAAACUUCGUAACGGAUGUGUCCCUUGACCGUUUUCCCCAUUUACUUGCAUUGACAACACGCUGUUCGAAUAAUGAAUUGCAAUGCCACUGCGUCUUGAAUAUCGUAUGCAGCAUGCAAAAGAUGAUUCCACUCAGGCUCUUUGACAGCACAUUGCGGAUGGCAAACACAUUGAUGCAAGCCCUUCUUGUUUUGCAUGAGAAAAUAAAGCAACGCGAACCUCAGACAACUGUUCGCAGCACAAGUUUUUACCGAGACGUGAUUCGUCAAAGGGAUGAACUGCAGUUCUUUCUGCUGUUAGGAGGCCAAGAGCUCCUCUGGGGAAACUCUUGUUUCGCAUUUGCAAAAGGGAUCCAGAUGGCGUGGAAGAUGCGGUUAGCUCUUUGCUGUGGGGCAUCGUACACAUCGCAAUCGGCGCUGUCAUCAAGUGUACUGGCCCAGAAAGUGUCCCAGGUUGUAGUGCAGAUCAGCAGGCUUUCCUUCGAGCAGUCGAAUAGCAUUCCUUCCGUUAUUAAGACUUCGAUUGAGAUUUUGAAGAUCUGGACUUUUUCCUCUGCCGAUGGAUUCCCAACCCCAUGCCGAGUCCCUCUCAGUGUUUUUGGUGCCCAAAUGUGCGCUGUGUGCAUUUUGGUGGGUGCCUCCGUUAUGGAUUCAGUACACAGGAGGGACAGGAUUAGGAGUGUAGCUCCGCUGACGUCAUCCCCGCCUGGAACUACUAAAGGUGAAGCCAUCGUCCAGCUAAUUGAAUUGUUUUCUUCCAAUUAUCGUCUCUUGCUCAUGUGCUGCUACCCAGCUUUCUUGCACAAAAUGCAUGAAGUAAUGCUACGCGUUAUGGGCCCCCAUGAGGAGCUUGUUACGCAAUUCAUUGUUCGGCACCUUUUACCAGUUUCAACGUCCAUGGUUCUAAUGAGCUUGCAUAAUUCCAGAAACUGUGACACACCUAAUGCGCAUGCCUUUCUUUGCGAACAGACACUUCUUCUGUUAGCUGUGUUAUCUCACUUCGCAGAGUAUCCUAAUAUUAAUUCGAAGGAAGGGGGGAGGAUUAACUCAAAUGUGAAGGAGUUGCUGCAGCCGUGGAGUAAUAUUCUCAUGAGUAUAAGCAUUUAUUGCUUGAGGUUAUCCAAGGGGCAAAAGGGGAUUGUACAAUCCGGGGAUUUGCACUUUGGUGCUCCUUUUCUGCCACCACUCUCAUCAUUACCUACAUCCAUCUUAGAGGAUGUCUCAGUCAUUCUUAAGGAUCUUUUAACGCUCUCGAAACCGUUACAGGAAGCACCUCACCGUAUGUCUGCCGCUGCGGCUGAGGGUGUCCAGUAUACUAUUGAUUUCGAAAUACCUGACGACUCCACACGCUCUUUCCUACGCUUCCUACACCACUGUAAUGGCUUGUUUCCAUCUACUGCCUUCCAUUGGUCUCGAGGAGAUCACGUCAAUCAAAUACUGGAUGCGCUACGUGUUUACAGCCUCGAGUUGGAGAGUAGUGCUUCUUUUAGCGUAUUUACUGAUAUCGUUUCUUCCUCAGCAAUGGAUCGGACCAAUUACAAGAAUGCAUCAGACGAAAAGCGAACCCAAUGGCUCCGGGACUCAACAACAGCGGACGUGAAUCAUCCUAUGACGAAUAUUUCCGAUGCCCUCGACAACAAAGGGUUUGUGUCAUUUGAGCGACAACGCGAAAUGUCCCAGUGCUGGUAUGGAGUACUUUCAGCUGUCCAGGUUGCCAGUACAAAGCGAAUCGCUCCGGCCGCCCUUCACCAGCACCCCUUUAAUGCAAAGCUUCUUGAAAAAUUGAUGCGUUUCUUAGCAAAAAAUGCACGCCAAUAUUCAAAACAAAAUGUUACACAUGCACAGUCACACGGCACUGCUCUUUCCAAUACCGGUACUAUUGCUGCCACGAACGAGGCAUGUCUCACUGCACUUGACUAUAUGGGACACAUCAACGCUGAUGGGGGCUGGCCUAUGGUAUACUGGAUCUUUGGUAUCGCUGAAGUGGGUGUCGCCGCUGAAAAAGUUGGUCGGGGGCGUGUAAGUGAGACCACACGCAGUAUCGUUGUAUCUUCCAUUUUCCACCAACUGCGUGCGGUGCCACCCCCGCCACGAGACAACCAUGCCAUGCCAGGAACCUUUUCAUACCUUGCAAAGGUACUUGUGAGCCUCUCUGACAUGCUAUCCAAGGAAGGAUCCGUGACGCUAUUGGGUAUCGGUCGAUCAAAGCGCCUUGCGGGACUGCUGGCGGAACCAUCUGCAGACGAUCUGCGUACAAUCAUUUUCGCCAUCAAGCAAAGUGUGCUAUACAUCGAGUCCGGAACACAACCACUGCGGUCGACACGCCGCAUAUCGUCAGGGGAACUUGAUCUCACUGAAGAAGAUGAAAUUACUUUUGAAACGACAAGUAAAAGCUUGUUUGCAGAUACGGAUCGCCAGAGUGCAUUUUCCGGCCCUAGUUCUGGGGAAGCCGUGGCCCCUUACUACGUUAGCGUACUCAAGGGGGAUGGGGAAGGUAUUUCUAGGGUUGAGGAGAAGCGAGUUGAGUUCCGGCAACUCAUGCAAACGUUUGUAGUGGCUUUUGACGUUAUUCUUGAUUGCAUUCUACACCACUUGCUUCGCCAAGGCGCUAUGCAGGAGGAUUUGAUGACUGUAGUUGCCAUGUCUUAUAACCUUCUGUGUCGUGUCUUUCGUGAAUGUGUUUGGACGUUUACAGAGCUGCCGACAAAGUAUCGCUCCAGCCUCACUAAAAGGGAAUUUGGGAUGUUGCUUUGGACUGGGCUGAGCAUAGUGGCAACCGUGUCGAGUGCGUGGCACGUAGACAAUCACGUAGGAACCAUUUUUUUUGCUGACCGUGUCCUCCAGUCGUCCCAGGAUUUAGUGCGCGCGACUCAGCGCUUGAUCAACUAUCUUCACCCAGAUAACACGCUAGAAGCAGGUUACGAGGCUAGUGUUGAGCUUUACCGAAGAUAUCCUGUUUGUUGCACACUCAUUCAUUCUCUUCGUGAUAUGACGCAGAGUACACCUUCUAAUAUCAAUAGGCGCAUAGGUGCUGCCAAUCGCCAUUCCACUAACGAUAAUUUCACCGCUGUUCUGGCGACACUCCAAGUGUUGUUGGGGCGUGCUUCGAUGCACGCUGCCACUGCAGGUAUUGCUCAAAAACUGUGGGAAAAGAUAUACUUUGAGCUAGCCUCAGUAGCAGAUGCACAGAAACAUCACUUAAGGAAACAGAAGGAAACCGCGGAGUCAGCGGACAGUGACACCAUUUUCCUUCAGGUACCAUCUCUUACAGAACUUGAAUGGGUUUUGAAAGCUGUCAAGAAUAUCGUUCCGACUUCGAAUAAUAAUCCUGACGCUAAGAAAGCGGUCCAUGGGUCUGAGGCUCUUUCUUCGUCAGACUGUGGCGACACGAAUUUUGAUGAUCUCUUGCUUGCUUUCCGGGAAAAUACGGCCAUGCUUGUUCCCCACUGUAAAGCAACGCCCUCAGAAGGGAACGAGCAAGAGGAUGGAUCCCUUAUGGCCGAUACGACUAUUGUACAUGACUCUUAUUUUCCACCAUACGGCUCUGCCUUCGAGAUAGUGGAGGAUCUGUGCGUCGAGGACAUUUUAGCAAGCAAGACGCUACCGGUAGGAAAGGUUGUCGAUAUUGUUAUCCAGCAGGCAAAGAGUAUCCUUUUGUUGGGAAGCACCCGUUCGGACUUCUCGCAAUCUGUAUUAACCAACAAGGUCUGGUUCGACUCUCCGCACACCCAGCAGCAAGUGUCGGCAUAUGUAAGGAACUUGCUGGGAUUAUUCAGCGCAUGCCCCUUAGCUACCAUAUGCCAGAAUCCUGGCGUUGAGGAACUGUUUGCCAGUUUUAGGGUGCUAGUGGAUAUGGAAGCGAUGGAGGAGGGGUCAGCAAAGGAUCUGGUGCCGGCUUCCAGGUUUAUUACGCUGGGCCGUUGUCGCACGGAAACACUCUUGAGUAUCAAGCAACUUUGGAGGCAACUGUGCCAUAAAGUACACAGUGAGCUGAUUGCUCCAAAAGAGGCUGAAUUUCAUAAGCAACAUAAGGAGUUGACUGCAUUCGUCCAUGCAUACCUAGGUGGGCAACUGCGUGGGAAGCGAUCGUCUAUCAUUGGCAGUGGGACUGACAUGUUUACAUUCAACGCUGACGACGUUCGCAGAGAGGAGCAGGAGCUCUUAUCUAUCCUUUCAACAAGGUCAACAGUCCCACGAUCACUUGCUACAGACCCGAAUGCUGCCUAUGAAGCCUUGCUCUUUCAUGAAGCGGAUGUGAUUCGUGGUCUGCCUUCAAGUGCGGCAGCCGACUCCGCACCAUUAAGCCAAUCCACCCAGUCUGUCGACCCUGUGCUUAGGAUGGCCGUUUCUAAGGCGAAGCUCUUAGAAAAACAUCUACCGCUUGGUGUUGUUUUUACGCUUCUACGGGUUUUGUCUGAGAGAGGUUCUAAGAGCGAUGAGUUUUGCUUGCUUGCAGAAGCGGUAUGCACAUAUGUGUCGCGUCAGUAUGUGCUACUACGGCCGCGGCUGGAGGACACGGCUCUCGAUGUGUUGCCGUUGCUGGGUUUUCUUCAGCCUUGGCUUGGGUGUAUUCAGGCUGAAAGGGAUCGCGCACCGCGUCCAGAGCAUACGAAUUUGGAGGGGGAGGGAAAGGAGAAGGACCGAUUGGAUGAUGUGAUUGCCCGCUGUGAAAUCCCCUCCCUCUUGGCAUCUGCCAAUAGAUGCGCUGAACGAGUGCGGGGGAUCUUUUUCCGCCCGAAGCUGCGGGCUCAACUUCGCCGAUACUUUGCAGAAGCAUCUGGGACCAAGGGAGAGGUCGGUAUAAGUUUGGAGAAAAGUAAAUCAGAAGAGAUCCUAGCGUACGAGUAUAUUCGAGCCGUUAUUGUUUACCUGCAUCUUCUGGGUCUGCAAAUCGUUGCACUCAGUCGUUUUAAUCUCCAGGGAAGCAUCGUCGAGGAAUUAGAGUUGUUUCUAAGACAACAAAACCAUGACCGAAUCCAAUCCGCUAAGCGGCGGAAAGCUCAGCCCGGCGCGGCAUCUGAGGAAGAGACUGUCCAAGGCGUUAACCCCAGCGCAUCGCUCCCUAUUUCGGUGCUUCUGCAUGGAGACUAUCCACCAUGGACGGCGACCCAUCGGGCGGCCAUGAACCAGGUAAACGUCAAUCCCUUCGUCGCCGCUCUUCAGCACUUUGCCAACGUUAGUUUCGUUCUAUUGCGGCAUACCGACUGCCUCACACACUUUGUGGCGGUGCAGGCAAUGUUUGAAAACGACCACCAUGCAUCCAGUGUUGCUUCUCCAUCAGAUAAGCUAGGCACCAGGUGUGCGGCCUUCGCAGAUGAGUUGCGGCACCUUGUCGCAAACUCCCUUCAGGGCGUCUUCAAAACCAUUCUAGACAAAGUCGAGCAUGCCUCGGCCCCACUUGCCCGCACCGUCGUUCAUCACCUUAUUAGCAGGUUCCCUUGUGAGGCCGUGGUGUCUAAUCCCGCGGUUUUAUCAGCGGCGGCUAAAACGAAGGACGAGCGUGGGGACCUUGUGCAAUUGUGGCAGCGUUGGCGCUUCCAACGCCCAGAAUGGUUUGUUACUAGCCCGAGCAUGCUAGAGAUCCUUACACCCUCAUUUUUUGCGCGCUGCCUGUCUACCAGCCAUAUGUCCAAGGCCUCUGCCCCAGUCAUAAGUUCUAUCGCGACAAGUCUUUUGGUUUACGCGCAACGCAAGGACAUUGCGUUGUCCCCGUUGUUAAUGGCGACGACAGCUCUUCUUGGCACCACGUCUAACCGCAGCACAGCCGUCCGUCUUCUGUGUGAGAAUCUCGCGCAGGAAAUGCUAAGACGAGAGGACUUUCUGCAGGCAUUAGCGCCCCCAACGGUGGCAACACCCACUCACGGGGCUGCCGGCUCCGUUUCAAAUGAGGUUCUCAUCCCCUUCCUUGCUGCUAUAGCACGUGAGGACAUUCAGGUGUCGAAGCGGACCCUUGCAGCUCUUCUGCACACUGCCAUGAGGAUGCGUGCAGACGUUUUUGGUGAGCCUCCUACGGCUAAUCGACAAGGAAAUCUUAGUCUCUUGCGGCCUCUCAACAGAACUGCCGCCGGUAGUGGUGGUCUCUUGCACCAGACUCAUUCUCCAGGCUUAUCGCCGUCGCCGUUUUCAUCGGAAGAUGGGGCAAACAGUCAAGGAGGUGCUGAAGGUGUCGCUCCCCAUACCACGGUUUCACACCAACAAGUGCACGACGUUGAAGGGGAAGAAUUGUCUGCCUUAGGGGCCUUUACUAUACACCAGAGCGAUGCCUCGGCUCUCACACACCGACAGGCUCUGGAGAGACUCAACAUCAGCUUGCCCGCAACCUUCGAGGUUGCGAUGCAUAUGCAAGUUAUGAGACGCCCCAAUAAAGAGGAGUACCAGCAUGCGACAAGCAUGCUCAAGGCCGCGGACGACGCCCGAAGAGAGCGGAUCCGCGCGUGCAGCUUACCGGUGAGUGGUACUAGUGCAGCAUCACUACAGUCAUCCCCGUCGUGCAAGCCCCUUGAUGGCGGUCAAGUCGACAGUCAAAUUGAGGAAGAUAGCCGAGGCAAGCUCGAUGCCGCCCUUCAUCUCGAGGAUUAUAUGGAUUACGGUGUCGCCCUCCUUCACCUCCGGUUUGCGCUUCGCAAGAUUGUCCAUGCUUCGUUUCGGCGGCUCGCGAGGCACCAGCUUCCCAGAACUCUUGCCGACAUGGCUGAGGCCUUGUAUGAGAUAGAUCGACCCAGUUUUGCAGCUCGGCAGAGGGCGCAGCAGAAACGGCGAGGAACAGGCAAUGCAACCUGCGCAGGCCAUGGUACCUUGCGCGACCCGAUGCUUAUCGCUACCCUUCGUGUUUUUUCCGCGAGGGCGAUUCUUUGUGCCCAAAGCAUUGGCUACAGCCCCAACGGAACGCCCAUAGUACUGAGGAGCACCUCAUCGGCGGAUCCCACACAGCCACGGGCUGAGGGUUCUCCGUCGCCGCUUUUGUUGCCGCCACAUUCCCCAUCAUCGGGCCUAUCGACACGGCAUGAUCUGAAAUCUUCAACGUCAAAAGUAGAAGAAACGGACAGUUUCGCAUCCCCCACAGGAUUGCCGAAGCUCAAGCAGGAAGACGAGCGCCAAAAGAUCGCCGUGGAGUCAAACGCUGCUAUUGCUGUGUCUUCUUCAGGUAUGCACACGACCAAGCAAACCCGAUUGCGAAUUAUGCACGCACUUUCUUCCAUGAAGCGGAAGCGUGUCCUGAUGGGUGGCGACGAAUCAAUACGAGGAACCGCGUUAGCCAAACGUCAGCGCGGCAGAGGGAAGGGAGAUGUAUAA